AUGGAGCUGUCUGGCAGGAGGAAAAGAGAAGACCUCAGAGGAGGUUCUUGGUUGUCGGUGUGACAGGAUGCUAGGGAUAGGUGUGAUGGAGGCAGGUGAUCUGCUGUGUUGACCCCUAAAGGGAGCAGCUCAAAAAAAAUACUAUCCUAAUAUUAUUCAUUCUCGACUUUAGGGUUAUCUCCUUGUAGGGCUCUGGAGCUAUCCCAGCACAGCUGCUACAUUUUAGAUUGCUUCCUAGAACCACUUGAACUUAAGUGAUUGUGUUUUCAUCUUGGACCUCAAACUUGCUCAGAGAGCAACUGAGCAGCCUAUCGUGUUGAGGAUCAUCACGAGUGCUUAGUGUUAGCUCUCCAAACAAAAUGUUUUUGUUAAAGGGUUCAUGGUCGCUUGUAGUUUUCUUUCCCCCCCAAAACUGAUGGGGUUUUUAUUUUGAAUUUGUUCCCUGGUGUGAGGAGGCCAAUUCCGACUUCGACUGACCAUCCUGAUGAAUCUGAAAAUGCAUUUGGUGGAAGAAAAGCCUCAGCUGCGGCUAGCAUGCCAUUCUGCACAGGGCGUUCAGCCACGCCAGUACAAUCUUAAAUAUAAUUGAGAUGAAAUUUCCAUUGAACUGGUGCCAUUUCAAGUCAGUGGAUGAGAUACAGCGUGCGUCACAGACAUGCGAGUGGCCAGGCUGGCAGUUUCAGGGAAUGCAAUUGAAAAAUGACAGCCCCUCUGGAAGCGGUGUGGUGGUGUCCAAGGACACAACCUUAAACUAGAAACCAAAUGUAAAUAAGAUGCGGUUUUUCAGUUCUGUGAGCGGCGUUGCAGAUGUUAUGGUGCAGCUAAUAAUCUUCUUACUAGUUGUAUUGGGAACAUUACCAAUACAUUGGUAUUCAGGAUGUAGAAGAACUGUAGACUUUAGAUCUCAGAUUUCAUAUCUCAACUUCAGUUAGAUUUUAAGGCACUAAUAUUAAUACUUGAAUAUCUUCAGGUGCCAUGGUGCUUUUCAGGUUGCUUGUUAGGGUCUGAAAUGCCUUGGGGGUGUAGGUGUUCAGCUGCAUUGCACCUUUUUUUUUUUUAACAUUGCGGUAAUUGUGUGUCAAUGUGUGGAUGUGAGAAUUAAUGCAAGACUGAUUGUACGCUCAAAUGUAACUAUGAACGCCCUUGAGGAGAGUCUGAAAAUGUGCAUAAUCCUUGUCCCAACUGGUCAAGGAUUAUCACAUCAUGCCUCACUCUGUGAUUUUAGGUUCUUGGGGAGGAGGCCUUUUAAAAGUGGCCUUUGGAAGUACCUCUAACCACUUUGCCAGCUGGCGUGAUUAGACAACACAGAAGCAUAUACUGCACGUGACCUUUAGACUUGACUCCCUGAAAACCUGACUUUUAUUUAUAUUUUUUUUAUAAUUUUCCUCUCGAUCACUUGAAGAACACAAGAUGAAACUUGCCAACUGAACUCUUGAGCACGAUGGAGGGAGGCCUUAGUUAAUAAGGGAGCAGAUCACAAGACUUAAUGGCACAGAGAGCUUAAAGUUGAGAGAGUGCGAUGUAAACAGAUUACUCGAACUCUGGCUUGGGUCCAGUCGGCCGAGCAUUGGCAGCCCAACCAUGUGAAGCAAGGUCUGCUCCAUAUGGAACUGCAUCCCUCGGCCGGCCUUGCAGACAGAGUAGGCCAUGCAGACACAGGCUGACAGCAGCCUAUUUUAGGUGAUGGAUGCUUCAAAAAUUAUUAGCAGCACUCGAAGAUCUCUUGAUGAAUGCUUGCAUCACAGGGUGGUGUUUAGAGGUCAAGAUUUUUUUUUUCCCCGCCCAUUCUGUUCAGCUGUAGGCUUUCUUCCAUAAACAAGGGAAGAGCCUGAAUGUAAACUUGUGCAUGGAAGAAUAACCCAGAAGCUAGUAAAAAAAGUGUCUACAUCUGUGCUCAUGUUUUUGUCCAUCUUUGUCCGUCAAACUUUCUGCUAAUAGCCAAAUAGUUUCGCUAUGAAAGAGAGUGUUCACAGAAGGAUGUUUAUGAAAAACCUGAUUGUGUGGCUGAGUGUUUUCAGGAGAAUAAAGUCCUUGUAGAAGCUGAAAUCAAGAAAAUGUAAUGGCUUGAGUGUUAGAUUCUCCCCUCCCUAAGUAGAGCAACACUAAAGCUACACUGUGUACGUUUUCUAAAACAAAUGGACCCAUAAAACAUCUGGUAUGAAAUGAAAACUUAGCAGUCCAUGUUAUUGAAGCCAUUAGCAAUUUGAAUGAUUGCUUACAGAACAGUGUCAUUGCUUGUACUGAGAACACUGCGCCAUAUUCAUCUUUGUGCCUUUUUUUUUUAAUUUUUAAAGAAAAAUUUGGUUCAACAGUCGACCUGCAGUGAAUUUACACUGGAGUUCUGUGGCUUCAGCCUCAGUAACAUUUAGACUGUCUCAACUGAUAGUUAUACUAAGCUGGCCAAGUGUAGCUGGGUACUCAUCAACUUUCUCCCGUAAAAAACGCCGAGGUUUCAUAGCCUAGACGACGUCUCGUAGAGCAGAAAGGAACAAUAUUCUCUUUGGACCCCGAGCUGUUUGGGCAGAGUGUGGAAGGACCUUUUCCUUUCUCUGGUUUAAAACUAAGCAAAGAUUUUAUGUCUUGCACUCUUUCAAUUUUGCUUCAUGUUAUAAAAGCAUGUGAACCUGCCUUUGGAGUUGCAUCUGGCUGGGAGAACUGGUCGCUCACAUCAUUUUCCUAAUUAUAGGGCUGCAAAUCACAAGAUAUUAUUCAUUUUCCAUGUUGAAUUUUGCUGAUUAUUUUGCUUUUCAUUUCAUUGGGUUUUUUAGGAAAGUAAGUCAAAAAUGUUUUCUUUUCACAAAAUUGCUACAUUUGAAUUUUCUGUCAGUCUGGGUCUUCUGUUUGCCCAUUUCAGCUCAGAUUCAAGUAGAGCAGAACUCUCUAUAACUGCUUAUUUUAUGAUCUAUUGGCCUGUUGUGGUGCUUGUUAGCAAGAAGUGGAGUCCCUAUCUGCCCUCUACUACUUGCAGACUCUGCAUGAUUUGCUUUAGAACAGAGUAUCAGAUAAAUGUAAAAUGAAUGUGCAUUUGUUUUCAGCGUGCAGACUGGCCUUGUUCAUAGGAUGACUGUCCCUUGUCCAUUAAGUGGACAGACACCGACUGAAAUGUCAAGGACUUGCUGUGUGUGGCUUGCUGAGCACAGGGAGAGGAUUGUCUCUGAGGAAUGUCAGGACAGUACAGCUCAGAUGUAGCGUAUCCCUCAGUGCACCGUGCUACAAAUUGGAUGUUUGAUUAAGUCAGGAGAAUAUUCUUACUAAAACUGUUCUCUUGCUUUUCUGCUGUUGACCCUUUAUUUUUGUUCAGAUUUUCCAAACUCUCGUUUUGCUUCUGUGUGUUGUUGCUUUCCUCUGGAAUUCCCAGUAUAAGUGUUCUUAGAAGGUAAUUUUAUUUUCCCCCUCAUAACAGACUUUCUCAUUCUCAGCCAGAUGUUAAUUACUGGCAGCUAAGUGAGAAACCUGGUGGUAUUGUGAUGCAAAGUGCAAAGCUUAGACUGCCAGGCAUGUUCUCCAUGGAAACCCAAAUGCAUUUCAAAGGGAUGGCGGGUACUGCAUCGGCAUAAUUCAUAUUUUUGAAACAUGGUUGUAACCAGAGAUAAAUGCAAGGUUACUCUUUGUGCAAAAGAAAAUUUGAUGUUGAGCAGAGGAAAGAGGAACCCACAUUAGCAUAGCACAAAUGAUUUAUGAGUGUAGAUUAAUGAUGUCCCUUUAAAUUGAAUUCAGUACUUAGGCUGAUAAGGCUUUGUCUGCUAAAUAUAGGACGGGCCAAAUGAAAGCUGUGCCUGUGACAGAUGAUUAUUGGCCUUCAAGCAGAGCACAGACACACAAGGGCCUUGAACUCCAUUCUUCAUCCUCUCCGGGAUGACUGUAGGAGUGUUGCAGUUGCUUCUGGUGCAGUUGACAAAGAAAAUGGAUGGAAAGGUAUCACCUGAUGCCUGAUUCUAAAGACUAGCAGUGUAGGUCGUUUUUAAAAUAAUUUCGUCGUAUUAGUCCUGUGAGCUAAAGCUGAGGAGCUGAUGUCCGUGCAGUAGACUGAUGUCAGUCAUCUGGAGAAACCGCUCUGUGAGAUCAGCAUGCUGCUCAACUGGAAAAACUGCUUUCUGCCUGACCAGUUAAUGUACAACAUUUAGAUAGCGCCACCAAGUGGGUACUCAAGAUAACAGAGGGCCUGCAAUUUAAUUUUUUUAUCCUGUCAACUUUGUCGACUUGUGUUGACGUUGCCAUAUCAACCUUUCUUGUGCCGUUUGUGAUUCACAGACAUAAAGUGCAUGAUCGAAGUGCAUAUUAAGGUUGUACUAGUUCAAUUGCAGAUUUUUGCCAGUACCAGUUACGAGUUUGGAUUAAGAAAAACGUAUAAAAAAAUACCAACAGAGGCUCUCAAACUCUCACUGAGAUGGUUUCUGUUGAGGUGAACAGUAGAGGGAUCAACUGAAGGCCUAGAUGCAUCUCUCAGGUACUGUGUUUGGUCUUUGCACGAUUAUUUCUCAAGGACAUGACUUUUAGAUUUAUUAUUUUAAGGCCUGCAACUUUGUUUUUGUCCUCUACUUGUCCAGUUCCUCAAAAUUUUGAAGGGUAGUCUGCACACAGCCUUUGGAGAAUCACCUUAUUGGUGUGAAAAUACUACACGUUUCAGUUAUACCUGUCAAACUUAAUAGAUUCAACUAAAGAAUUAGGAAUGUUCGUGUUACAGACCUUCAGAAAGCCGAGAGAGCUAUUGCUGAAAGCUACUUUUAAAAGUAGUAAGUUUCAUGUAGUCCCUGUGAAACAGUUUGUUGCUGGAGGAAGCCACCUCAGCCCAGAUGGCAUCGAAUUACUGGUGUAUCACAGUGGAAGAUGGGUUUUCCUGUCUUUUCUCGUUAGUGGGCAGGAAAUUAGUGUUGAGGAAAUGCAUGGAGGGGGGUGGCUGUGCUUUCAGAGAGACAUCAGAGUCAUUGAGAGUUCAGUUUAUAUACUGUAGCCAUUUCAAACUCUAAUUUGAUUAAUGGUGAAUAACUGACCAUUGUUUUGCUCUGGAGAGCAGAAGGGAGCUAAGUGUAGCUACUAACAAUGAGGAGGAUACAACAGACAAUGUAUAUAAAUAUCACUGAAAAAAUUUAGAUAUUUUUAUGUAACAUAAAUGAAAGACAUUUUUGGUCUGUUGUGAGUUGGUGAAACCAGAAACGGUGUUCUCCAAGACACGAGAGAGAACAGUAGUGAUGCUGCGGUGAAGGAACAUCUGAAGUCAUAGAAAACAGUGGCAGUUGUUUAAUUGUGAUCCAAGAUUUUAAAAAAAGACCUAAAAUAAGGAUUAAGAGAAAAAGAAAAACACCACAAAUAAAUGCAUGUUAUUUUACACCAGCUGGUGCUCUGUUAGGGCUAUUUUAGGAAAACUACAACGAGUUCAAUAAGUGAGAUAUUUCUUACUGCAGAGCCUGAAGCCAAUCCAGAGAUGAGAUAUUUUGGGCUUCAUUGGCAGGUGUAAUUUGGUGGCAGUGGAUUCUGCUGAAGUUUCUUUCUGCAGGAAGGUUUGAGUUUUGCUUAGUUCACAGAACGUUGCAGAAAGGAAGUGAUAAAAAAACAAUAAGCUGGAAAAUGUAAGAUCUGCUAAUGAAGUAGCUUGAGAGAAUCUUCUCUGCACGAUGACCAAACGUUCCAGCGUUUACCUUUGUUGCAUAAAUGUUGCACGAAGUUGCAUGCAAAAAGUAGCUUGACACAUUCCCUCUAAAAUGUUGUGGCUUUUACAAAGCUUCCUUUUCAGCUUUGUUCUGUAGAAACGAGUUAAAGCUGAAGAAAAUGAUUUCUGUAAUAAACUGUGCAUUCUGAAUACUUCUAACUUGAAUGCAGCUUAUUUUACUGCUGUCAGCAGAGGCAGAAUAGGGCCUUCGCGGGAUAAAAAGCUUACUGUGUGAAAGAACUGUGUCAGGUUUGGCCUGGGACUGCUGCCUCUUUUGACAUGAUCGAACAAGAUUGUGUGUGUGUGUGCAUUCAGCUCUCAAGUUUGCCCUCUCGCACACAUGAAUUAGGACACCAAACCCAACACGCCUGGCAUUUCAAAGAGGAGGCCAUUUGUUGAAGACAAGCGCCCCAUUUAGACUAUCCUGAUCCAUGUAUUGAAGUGUGCCCAGAGUCGCAACCCUGUAGGUUGGACUUCAAUAUUCAGUUGCACUCGUGUCCCAGUAAAGGAAUGUAUGAGUUUUAUCUUGUUUUAGGAACAUCCUUCUCUUCAUGCAGAAUGAGACUUUGUCUGCAAACGAGAAUCCAUACGCUGGCUAAAGGUUUCUCUGCUUAGGGAAACAAGCAGCCAUUUAUGUUGAAAAGUCGUAAAUCCAGAAGUGGGAAAUUGAUCUGCUGUAAAGGCUUGUAACUACAAAUCACUGCAUAGUCAGCCUUGUUAUGGCAGAUAUUAUAAUUGUAUUUCUCAAACUGUGGUGCUGAUGGAAGUGGCACGAGGCUGUACUUCUCCAAAACGGCCUCGGAGGGGAAGUCAAGUUGAUGGUUGUGUUGAAAAGCAUUGUCUGUCCCAUUGUUCCAGCCAUCAACUGCUGUUUAAACUUCGGUGAAGACGGUUUUGUGACCUUAGCUUUGCUGUAAGCUCUUUUCACCAAUGAACCUUGGACGUUUUCAGGAGAAUCAGGAUGCCAGCUACUGGCUGCAGGUUCACCGGUUGGAGCAUGGUGAUGGGGGAAUCCUCGACCUGGAUGAUGUGCUUUGCGAUGUGGCUGAUGACAAAGACAGGUUAAUAGCUAUAUAUGAUGAACAGGAACCCCAUCAUGGUGGUGAUGGCACCAGUGCCAGCUCCACAGGCACCCAGAGCCCCGACCUGUUUGCUGCAGACCUCAGCGCAGGCAGUGGAGCCUCUGCUUUCCAGCCUUACCAGGCCGCCAGCGAGAUCGAGGUCACGCCUUCGGCCCUGCGCACCAAUAUGCCCCUCCACGUCCGGCGCAGCAGUGACCCUGCUCUGAUGAUCAAUGGGCCGUUCAGCGGCGGUGAGUCACGGGUCCAACCAGAUGAGACGCCAUCAAGGAAGAACCCAACCCGCUGGUCGACCACCGCUGGCUUCCUGAAAGCUCGCCACUCGUCUGGCACAAAUAGCCUGGAAAGGAAGGGUAAAGGGAUGGACACGUACCGCAGUCUGCCACGAGACGCUGGGACCUGGGCCAAUCAGAGAGAAUUCCAGAGAGAGACAGCACGGUCAUCGCUCAGCGCCAAUCAUCCCAUGGUGGACCGCUGGCUGGAGAGACAGGAACAGGAGGAAGCGGCAAGAGAAGAAGAAAACGGACGGAUCGAGCCUGUUGGCCGAGCUGACUCCAUUGACCACACUGCUGUGAGAUCACUAGAAGACAUUGUCAAACUGGUGGAGGUGUCAAACGACGGUGGGCCCCUGGGGAUCCACGUGGUGCCUUUCAGUGGCAGGGACCGCAGGACUCUUGGCUUGUUGGUCAAGCGUCUGGAGAGAGGAGGGAAGGCCGAGCAGCAGAGCCUCUUCCAGGAGAACGACUGUAUCGUCCGUAUCAAUAACGGAGACCUGCGAAACAUCAGAUUUGAACAAGCCCAGAAUAUGUUCCGUCAAGCCAUGCGCUCUCCGGUCAUCAUGUUCCACGUGGUGCCGUCAUCGAUGAAGGCCCACUACGAGCAGCUGUCCCACGCUGAGAGGAACCCCGUGUACGCCUCGGGCCGUUUCAGCCCCGACUCCCUCAGCGGCAGCACUGUGUCAGGCAUCGACCACACGCCACAGCGGAUGUCCCGGCACGGUUCCCAAACGCACCCACACUCCCAUCCGUACCCCCAUGUGCUCUCAGAGCCGACUGACGGUUACCCCCCUCUGCUUCACCCCGCGGUUUCUGCGGCCAAGCCCCCGACAGGUCACGCCCAUUCACCGCAGAAGGGGAUGAAUUCCACGCCAGCAGGAGGCUAUACGAAAAAAGUCGGGAGGAGGCUCAGCAUUCAGCUAAAGAAAGGCCCCGAGGGACUCGGCUUCAGUAUAACGUCACGGGAUGUUCCCAUCGGGGGCUCAGCACCCAUCUACGUGAAGAAUAUCCUGCCUAGAGGAGCUGCUAUCCAAGAUGGCCGUCUCAAGGCAGGAGACAGGUUGCUAGAAGUGAAUGGCGUGGACCUGAAUGGGCGGACCCAGGAGGAAGUGGUCUCCUUGCUUAGAGCUACACCCAUGGGCGGGGCUGUGGGGCUGUUGGUUUUACGCCAGGAGGACUCUUUCCUACCCCGAGAAGUGAAUGCUGAGCCCCAGAUGCAAAUCCCCAGAGAUUUGCAUCCACGGCAGCCUGUGACAGCCGGGAAACACCAUUGGCUGAUAGAGAAGACAGAGGAGGACGAGUUGGUCCUGACCCCUGAUGGGACCAGAGAGUUCCUGACCUUUGAGAUCCCCCUCAGUGACUCGGGUUCUGCAGGUUUGGGUGUGAGCGUUAAAGGCAACCGCUCCAAGGAAAACCAUGCAGAUCUGGGCAUCUUUGUCAAAUCCAUCAUAAAUGGAGGUGCAGCCUGCAAGGACGGGCGACUGCGAGUAAAUGACCAGUUGAUUGCUGUCAACGGCGAGUCGCUAUUGGGCAAAACCAACCAAGACGCUAUGGAGACGCUACGCAAGUCCAUGUCAACUGAAGGCAACAAGCGUGGUAUGAUCCAGCUCAUUGUGGCCAGGCGAGUUGCCAAAAGAAAUGAGGAGACACCAGGGAGCCCACUGGGACCCCAGCAGAUUUUAAACACCUCCCUAGAUGACCACGAGCGCCGAAUCUCCCACUCGCUGUAUGGUGGCCUGGAGGGCCUCGAUGACAACUUGAUGCCCCGGCAAGGCAUGCUGCCACGCACGAUAGGAAACUAUCAGCUCUCACCGACCGUCAACAUGCCGCAGGACGACACAGUGAUCAUAGAAGAUGACCGGCCGCCGCUUCUUCCACCCCACCUUUCCGACCAGUCGUCCUCGAGCUCGCACGAUGAUGUCGGCUUCGCAGCUGAUGUGACUCCACCGUGGACCAAAGAGCUGCCCAAUCAGAAUCACAGCUCUGCGGCUCCAGAUGAAAAUCAUCCAGAUGGUGCUUUCCAGAGGGAAGGUUUUGGACGCCAGAGCAUGUCAGAGAAGCGCACCAAGCAAUUUGGAGACGCCUCUCAACUUGAAAUCAUCAAGACACGCAAGUCCAAGAGCAUGGAUUUAGUAGCCGACGAGAUUAACCUCACACCUCAUCCUGAGACCUACACAGGUUCUUCCACAAAGGACGUGGGGCCAUCGCUGGGCCUAAAGAAGUCCAGCUCGCUCGAGAGUCUCCAGACAGCAGUAGCAGAGGUAACUCUGAACGGGGACGUCCCCUUCCACAGGCCUCGCCCUCGUAUCAUCAGGGGGCGGGGCUGUAACGAAAGCUUCAGAGCAGCCAUCGACAAAUCCUACGACCGACCGGCCGCCACGGAAGAGGACGACGAGGGCAUGGAGACAUUGGAGGAGGACACUGAGGAGAGUUCACGGUCGGGGAGAGACUCUGUGUCAACAGUAGCGGACCAGACGCCGCUGUCGAUUACCGAAAAGCCACUGGUCAACGGCACAAACCGCACCAAAGAGGAGAAGAAGAAGGACAAAGACAAGGGAGGGAAGGAAAAGAAGAAGCCGGAGGGAGGGAAGGAGAAGGACAAGGGAAAACCUAAGAAGGGGAUGUUGAAGGGACUCGGAGACAUGUUCAGGUUUGGGAAGCACCGAAAGGAUGAGCGGCUGGGGGAAAAGAUUGAUCGUAAAGGCUCCAGCAAGUGGAGGCCAGAGGAGACGCAGGUGUCGGACGAGGAGACCAUGAAGAUGAGGAUGGAGCAAGAAAGGAUCCAAGCUAAGACCAGAGAGCUGCGGGAGCGUCAGGCCAGGGAACGAGACUACGCUGAGAUUCUGGAUAUAAGUCGAUCGCCGGAGAGAUCCUCUGAGGAGGACCACCAGUACGCUGGCAUCAACCAACUUAACAGCUCCAUGGACAGUGGCCAUAGUCGCCCCCACAGCCCCCGUGAUGAGCACCCUCACAUCCAUCCACAGCACCAGCACUCCGAUACCCUCUACACCCAAGUUAGCAAGGCGCGCAACGAGCGACCUCCGUCUGCAGACAGUAACAGACUAACCCCCAGCAACCACGACCGGAUACAGAGGCUGAGGCAAGAGUUUCAGCAGGCCCAGAAUGUCCCGGACGACCCAGAUGAUCGCAGGAGGACCUACAGCUUCGAGCAGCCCUGGUCAAACACCAGCAGCAACGGUCCAGGCGGGUACAGCCAGCCAGGCCGUCACUCGGUGUCGGUCGAGGUGCAGAUGCAAAGACAGAGGCAGGAGGAGAGAGACUCGUUCACCCAGGCGCAGCGACAGUACAGCUCCCUGCCACGGCAACCCAAGAAGAACCCUAGCACCAUCUCCCAAGACUCUUGGGAAAAGGCAUACCCACCUGGUGAAGGGUUCCAGACUGCUAAGGACAACCCCAGGUACUCCAGCUACCAGGGCUCCAGGAACGGCUAUCCAGGUGGAGGCGGUGUCAAUGCCAGAGUCCUUCUGGAGGCCCAGGAGCUCUUGAGGCAGGAGCAGAGACGCAGAGAGCAAGAAGCCAAAGGGAAAUUAAUGCAGGAAAGUGCUGGCAACAGCAGCUAUGAGGGGUACACGGCACAUCUGAAAGACCCCGCCUCUCCUAAAGGGCCGUACCGACACGACGUGCCACCUUCGCCUUCACAGUUAGCGAGGCUUAAUAGAUUGGGUUCUGAGAAAGGAAGACUUUUUUAUUCUUGAAGAGCAUCAUUGGACUGGUUGAUGAAGAGCCAAACGAACCGAUUAGAGCCAAGGGGAUUGUUUUGAAGAAAGAAAAAUAGACACUAUGAAUCUUGACAGGGGACAACCUAGAGGUCUUAUAGUUUAGCAGUGAGCUUAUAGGUAAACAGUUGUGAAGUGUACUCGGUAUGUGGGUGUUUGUGUUCAGUCCUCCGCUGUGAGGAUGACCUAUACUAGUCAGUCAUUCACCCUCCUACAAACAGUGCCUUCUCUGCAUUCACGGACACGAAGCUUGUUCGCAGUCGUCCAGGACUCUGAUUCAUCGAGAUCUGGCAUCGUCGUGUACUGACAAUCAAAUGGGCAGACAGGCAAGUGAGUGGGCGCUUUUUUGAGCCCACGGGGAGGCGCAAGUUUCUGUGUGGGUUUUGUAUGUGGGCAUGUGACAAGGUACAUGUUUCACUAUCAAGAAUGUGUCCCGCGGAUGACUCUGCCCACCUGUCACGUUCAGCCCCGACAGAUGCUGCCGGUGUUUAUCAGCAUUCUGUUUUCUCUACUUUUAGUCUUCUCUCCACAGCAACACAACUCGCACAGUACUCCACAGGGAGCACAGAAAACAAGGCAAAGUGUGUGAAAGAAAGCGGGGUGCAUUGUGUGUGUUAUUAAUAAAAAAGACCCCCUCAUAAAUGAUUCAUAUUUUGUGUUAUCUCCAUGGAGGAGGCUCAGGCAGAGAGGGUAGACAGCUCUGAUCCUCUGCCUGGCCGCUCUGCUUGGCUCUGGGCUUGACUUGCCGGCCCGCCCGCCUGUCUGUCUGGAGCCCUCAUCCUCUCUGCGUUGUUCUCGUCUUCUCUCUGUUCAUUACGCUCCUAUUUUCUUUUUCUACCUCAACGCCCCUACCUUUAUCCUCUGCUCCCCUGCUCUCCCUUCUUUGCACAUCUCACGCCUUCGCUUCCCCUUACUCUUCCUCCUGCUACACGGUGCCACCCUCCUCCUCCUCGUCUCCCGAGUCAGGCUCUGCACUGAAUUUUUCAUCACAAGCCACCUGCUGCCUGCCAGAGCCAAAGAACGCUGCCACCGGAGGCAUCGACAGAGGGCCCGGCUUCUGACAUAAAGAGUGGAAUAAAAGCCAAAAAAAAAAAAAGACACAGAAUAAAGAUGGGAAGAGAGACAACGAGCCUCCGAGUGUGAGAUUAGCUGGAGCUUUUUCCCAGUUUUAACAAAAGGCAAAACUGUCCUUGGGAGUUAAUUGCUUUCAAUUGCUAUAAUUGCUUUUUGUAUUUUUUUUUUGCAGUUGUUAGCAUUUAGUCGGCCCCAUUCUCCAUAAUAAUUUAAAAAGAGGGAACAGGUAAACAGGCUAUCAUACUUUAAAAAAGCAUCAGUCAAUAGAUAAUCUGAAUGCCAAAAGCUUUUACAGGACAGAACAAAAUAACAACAGCUUAUUUACUGGCUCACAUUUUGCAGUGUCUAGAUCUGAGUUUGCUCGAUGAAAUAGGACUUUUCUCUUGACAAUAGCGGAACGAAAGAAGCCGUUCUUUCCAAACAAACGUUUCGAACAUUUUUAACUCCCUUUUAACCCUCCUGAAAUGUUUCCCUUAAUAUGGCAGUUAGGCUUAGUGGGUUAUGCUAACUUUGUGUUUACCACCUCUUUCUCUGUGCAGCUGGUACAAAUAUGGAAUCUUUCCACAGGCUCACAAGUAAACAAACAGGCUUUCAUUAAUCAUUACGCAAGGUGAGAGGGUCAUCUGGCCGUUCGCCCUGCAUGGAGUUCCCAUGGAAGUGGCUUUUCCGGGCAGCAGGGGUUUUGUGUGACACAGGUGAAGAUUCCACAGCAAUCUUCACCAGCUAGUCACAAUAGCGCUUCAGUUUAUUUCGCUUGCUGUCGAACUGUCUAUUGUUAGCUAACUAUUUACAUUUGAUUUAUUCAAAUGUCUUCCUCUCCUUUUCUACCAAUGGCUCCGCUUAAAAUUGAAGGAAGAUUGUUAUGAAAAUGAAAAGGUUGCACACAGAUUUACGUCGGACCUCCUGGCAAACCCACUGAUUCUGUUCUAACUGAACUGGUUUCAUAGGUUUUUGCUGUGACAGCCUUGAGAAGGACUUUUUUCUCUAUUUUUUGUUGUUGUUGUUGUUCUCCAUUUUGUGAGGAAACAGAACUUUAAAAAAAAAACAAACCGGAAGAAAUUAAACAAGAAAUAUCUGCAAGACUAGAUAAAAUUUCCAUUCUGGCCCAACUCUGCAGCUGCUGAUUGAAAACUUUUCGUGAGGCACUAAUCACUGAAGCCAGCUGUUGUAGGUGUACUGGGGAAAAAACGCUUGGGCAUCGAUGACACAUACUUUAAAAUAAAUAAAUAAAUACUGCCACCAGCCCACUAUUAUAAUUGCUGCCGUAGGUGGCAACCUCUUACUCGGUGCUCGUCUUUCUUUGACAGCGAUAAUGUUUGUGACGUGAUUGUGUCUGCCUCCGAGCUAACAAAUGAAACGGGGCAGGGGUCAAAUUUUAAACAAAAGGGAAAUACAGAAAAAGCUACAGAGAACAAACGGGCAGUGCAUAAUCACCCUUCACUCCCACACCGUCUCCAUAUGCAGAGGGAAGCUGCAUGAUAAACAUGAUCUCCUGCUGGUUAAUGAAGACCCUCGCUGGGAUAGAUGCAGGCCUGGUAAGGGUAAUGAAUGAGAUGAAGUAAAAUUGAACCUGUAGUGGCAUCGUUCCAGGUUUAAACUUAGCAAUAUUGUUCAGCGCACAUACUUAUGUGUGCAUGGGUGCAAUGAUAGAAACAGACUUUUGGGGAGGGGGGCCGUCUUCCCAGUUUGAAGGUUUUUAAACCCACCUGAGAAUGAAGCCGAUGAAAAACGUACCAAAAAAAUGACACAAGCUGUGCAGAUGAGAGUAGAAGCAUUCUCCAUUGCGCACAUUAUUUUAGCGAAGUGUUUGGUUCCUGCUGUGAACACAAAUUGCAGACCAGCAUAUUUAGAAGGAUACAGUGGAUUUAGCUGCUCAGCUGUUCCUGUUAUAUCAAUAAGUGCCUGAGAUAAUAUCACAAAAUGUUACACAAAGAAGGUUAUGAUGUGAUUUUUUUUUCUGUCAGUGACACUGCAGCACACAAAUUGCAGUGGAUUUUGUGUUGUUGUUUUUUAAUCCAUAUUAAGGGUACACUUUCCUGAACGUUUCUCUUUUAAUAUUUGUAAGAGCCAACACUUGCGGACAGUGAUCAUUGUAUUUGUACUCUGUUUGAUAUGCCUUCAAACAUACUGCAGCAGGAUGUGUUUUAAAGUAUCUCAAAACAAAUGGAAGUUAUUAGAUGCUGAUGUGCAAUUGUUGUGUUUGUUGUUGUUGGGGUUUUUUUCAGAAAACUUUUACAUGAUCUAUUAAGAAAUGUAUGCAGCCACUUCUUCCUGUACAUAUCAAAUUUAGAAUAAAUCAGAAGGCUGUUCCA